AUGUCAAAUAAUUCAUUAAUCCUUCGUAAGAAAAACAACUCGUCAUUAUCUAUGGCUUCGGAUGACAACGACAAAGUAUGGAAUCGUAAUCAUACAGAAGAAAAAGCAAGAAAUAGUUUAAGCCAAUCAUCUUCUUUCGAUAGCCAUGAACACACUAACGUCGAUAGUGGUCCUAGCUUAAGCAGCAGUAGUAGCGCAGGGAGCAUAAACACUUGUCUUCGUGCUGAAGGAGUUAAUGUAACAGGAUCAACUAGCGAUAAUCAUAAUAGUUGUGUAACCGCUGAAAAAAACAAAGGAUCUCAAAUUCCAGAUAAAAGUGUGUAUGAUCAUUACAACAACAAUAUGGGAAUUAUCGAUGGAACUAUGUCGUUGCAACGAUAUCAACGUAUAGCCGAUAUAGGUGUUAACCCAAAUUUCUUUUCAUCAGAUCACUACAAGAAACUAUCAAGAACUACAAGUGGUCAGAGCAGAAAAAGUAGUGGUAGUAUAGAAGGACAUUAUCAACUUGAACAACAAAAUACUGAAAGUGAUUUCAAUCGUCUUCGGCUACAACUUCCUGAUAUGAAAUCUAAACCUGUUGUACCACCUCGAUAUUCUGAUAACAACCAAUCUAUGGACUACAAUUCAGAUUCCGAUAUUGCAGCUCACAUGCGUCGCCGAAAAUUUGCCAUUGAUCAUCAUAUUAGUAAUAAAAAUGAUUAUCUUCAGCAUUUGCCUACUAAACAAGAAGAAAAUAACUUCCUUAGGCAACAUAGACCGUCACUAAAAUUAAAAGAACAUCCUAGUCAUUAUAUUGCUGUAUCUCGUGACGAUGAAAUGCUCAAUCAUGCUACAGCAGGUGCUAAAAAACCUUCGUACGAAGAACAUAUUCAUCAACAAGGUAAUUUUAAAUCUGAUAACAUUCAAUCGUUUGGCUACUUUUGA